GUUGAUACACUCACUGGUGUAGACGCAUCGUUCCAUUUGGGAGGCUCCGUGGCAAUUCUGUUCUUCCGUUUUAUUGUUUCCCUGCUCUAUCUAAGAACCCACGUGUUGAUACACUCACUGGUGUAGACGCAUCGUUCCAUUUGGGAGGCUCCGUGGCAAUUCUGUUCUUCCGUUUUAUUGUUUCCCUGCUCUUGUUAUCUUUUCUCCGGUCCCUUGUCGACUCGUGCUUGGUGCGUGUCAACCUGAUUGGCGUUGUGUUUUGCCCUUCACUGUUCUACAUCCGUAGUCGCGUGACGCGUCACUCUUUAUAUUUUGCUUCCAGUCUAGAUUCUGGGGUCAGUUUUACAUUCAGUUCGCGUGUUGGGUUAAUCCUCAAGCAGGGAAACUGCCUCAUUAUACUUCCAUGGUCUGCUGGCUAUGUCGAAUCAACCAGAGAGGCCAUGGACUGAGGAGGAGAAGUAUACUCUGCUUACGGAGAUCUUGAAGAAGGCCCGAGUGCCUUCGAGCCAUCUUGUCAGAAUGAUCAGGGAUUUCAACAUUACCCCAAGCUGGGCGGAUAUACCCCUUCCUCCAGGUCGCUCCCUCAACUCCUGCCAAAUAGCGUUCUGUAACAUGCUGCAACAUGUCCAAAUUUCCGUCACUCACAGCCUCGGCUCGAUUCCUCCGCAACCCCAUGAACCUUCCGUACCAGCAACCGUCCCUCUAGAGAGCAGUAGCGUCUUGCGCAAGAGGCCCUUGAUUCCUUCUGACAGAACAAUCCGUGCCCCGCGUGCGAUACAACCACGCCCUGCGACAAGCACCGCUUCCUACAGUAGCGAAAGUGGAGCUUCGGCCCUCUUGUCUCCAAGUUCAGAGAGCGUCACUGCCAGAGGAGAGCCUCCACGGAAGCGUGGACGGCCUAGUAAGGCGGAAUCGGAACGGCGCAAAGCAGCUGCUGAGGCUCGUGGAGAAACGUAUCCACCCCCACGGCGGUCUGGAUCCCACAAGCUGAAAGUUUCGUCUACGCCCACUAGUCCCUCCGGAGUCGCGCCAGGGUUGCCGUCAUUUUCGCCCCAGGCGAGCAGUAGUCGGCCACAGGAUUUACCACGACAUGAAAUGCACUACGUUCCUCCGCCAGGGAGGCCAAUUCCACUGAUGGGGCCGAGUAGCGACGAGCGACCGAGGGAUAUGCCGAAUCAAGACAUGAGCUCUUCGAUGCGAGAGCUACCACGUCCGGAGAUAAGACAGACUUUGCCAUCACCCGGAACCCUACAGUUAGGUCAUAGAGAAACACCACUUAUACGAAGGGAACCGGGGGUGUCUUUUGAGCCUCUCCCACCAGACAGACAUCCUUUCUCCCAAAGCAACCGGAGGAGUCUCAUUCAUCCUACUAGCAGAUAUCCAGAUGAACCGCCCACACCAGCCUCUGAUUUACCUAUAUCCAGACCACCAGACCACAGGCCGGAAUGACAUAAAGAAUAAGCACACAGCGUCUCAGAUUUCCCGAAUAACUAUGGCAUGACAAACGAAUUACAACAUUGAACAUGAAUGA